AUGGAAUCACAGAAAUUAGACAGAGGAUGUUUUGUGUGUGGUAAAGGUGAAGCUAAGAGAUGUUCAUCUUGUAAACAAGUUUUGUAUUGUUCUAAAAAAUGCCAAAAGGCUGACUGGAAAAGUCAUAAAACGAUGUGUGUUAAAACAGAUCAAAACGCUAACUACAACGAGACACAUGUCAACCGGCCGUUGGUAGAAACAGAUAACCUUCCUAAGAUACAACUAACAAGUGCAUUGUACGACUCAGCUAAAACCAAGACCAAGGACCUGUUCCCAGGAAAGAAUGUCCUCUGUUCAUUGGAUGACCUGUCUCCAGCCCCUAGAUUUGAUGCUGUUUUUCUGGCUUACAUUACAGGGUAUCAUCCUUAUGUAUUUCGCCAUGCAAUAUUCAUUUUGGAUAUAAAUAGUAAGGAAUCGUUUUUGACCUUCUACCUGGACUACGACAAACCAGAACCUUACUUCACAUGGGAAGAUGUCAGACCAGGGAAGUUCGUUGUUAUACAACUACCACAUCUUCAUUACUUUAUGGACGGCCAAGUUGGAUUCAGGAUAGAGGAACCAUACGAAGUCAGAUUCCUUGAUGGUUGAACAUUCCGAUGUUAAUAAAACAUUUAAUUAAGAUAGACAUCCUAAAUCGAGCAUUCAUUUGAGGAUCUUUGGGAGACACCAUCUUGAACGUUUUUAUUUUUGUUAAUUUUG